UGCUUCUCAAUUACCGUGCGUUGCCAGGGCGAAAACCGGAUAGAUUGUAGCAGGGAGUUCGAAAUCCUCGUUGCACUCUGAUGAGGGAUUCUGCCGAAGAUGGCCCACACGAAACUCUCCGCCUUCUUCUCCCUUCUGCUGGGCAUUGCAGUUCAAGCAGAGGGCGAUGACCCCUGCCUGCCCACACCGCAGUCCAUCGACCUGGGCGACCGCUGCACCUGCCCCUUCACGACAAGCAUCGACGUCGAUCCGGCCCGAAUACCCCCUGCGCUGCCUAUGGUGAAGUGCAAGUGUCCGGGCAUUCUUUGCACGAUGCUGGGUGACUUUCGCUGCACCGAGGUGAGCAACACGUUCAGCGUGGUGCACCCUGCAGUCGACGGGAGCUUUGCCCCCAAGAAUGUGGUGCUGAGCACUUCCUGCGUCUGUGCCACUAGCAGGACAGAGAAUGGCGCUUUGGGUGACGGUCGAACCAUCAUGAUUGGGCGCUGAGGGUGAAUUCAUUGUUUCCCCCGUAGCCAAUAAAUUAAUUACACCGUAACA